AUGGAAAUCGAAUGUUUUCCACUUAUGUUGCGACAACCCAUUCAAGAUAUUUCAAAGUUCAUCCAACAACAAAAAGCCCACAAUCCAUAA